AAGUUCUCCAGCCUAGAGCUAUGGCACUGGAGCGUCCAGGUUGCAGCCGUACGCUUCUUGGUCGCUCUGCUUUCGGUGCCGUCGCCAAGCUAAUUUUCCCAGGCUCUGUGGCUCCUCUGCCUUCAUCUUAAAUUCGACAUGCCGGAGUACCUGGACGACCCGUCUGUGCUCACCAAAGACAAGCUAAAGAGCGAGCUUGUUGCUCACAAUGUGGAACUGCCGAGUGGCAACCAGACCAAGGACGUGUAUGUGCAGCUUUAUCUAAAGAACCUGACGGUCCAGAAUGAGAGGAACGUCGCGGCCGUAGUUCUGGAUGCGUUUUCCAGCGACGAGGAGCUGCCGCCUGUCGUGGCCUCCAACAAAAGCCACUCCUCCGGAAGGAAAGCCGCCAGGAAGUCAAACCAACAUCAGCUGGAGCAAGUCGACGUCACAUCACUUACUGAUGAGAGCCUGAGGGACGAAUUGCAAAAGCAUGGAAUGAAAGUGGGGCCAAUUGUAGACUCAACCCGUAAACUGUAUCAGAAGAAGCUGCAGAAGUUCUUGGAUGACGGUCCUGCACAGCCGUUUCCCACAGAAAUACAGGUCAACCACAAUGGCAACUCUGAGUCUGAAAUCUACAGCGACACAGAGGACGUAGUGAUGGCAGUACCAGAACCUGUGAUUGAACCUGAACCAGUUCCAGUGGUGGAGACACAAGUGAGGAGCAGAGGGAAGUCCCCAGCUAGCAGUCAUACCAGCAGCAGAAGCAGCCAGAACAAGGCGGUUGAGAAAAUUACUGCCAAUGAUCAGACGCUAGGAGUGGAGAAAGAUGUUCUGAAGGAGCUUUUUCCUAAUAUAAACAGUCCAACUGGAAUUGGCGCCAGCUGCCGGAAGCCCAUCCGAGGAGCAGCUGGACGCCCACUAAUCUCCAGUGACUUAUGGAGUGAUGAGAAUUCCUGUCUGUCUCCAAAAACCACAAAGACUAGCAGCUACUCCUACACAGGGAGCCAUGUAGUCAACAGAGUGUCCAGUUUGAAUCUCUCUACCUCCUUCACAUCUUUUAGCUCCUCUAGUUCCUCCUCCUCCAAGCUUUCUGCUACAGCUCCAUCUGCAGGCCCAACCAGAGCAGUAUCUCACAGCAUGACUUUAUGGAAAAAGGUGGCCCUGUUCGCUGUUUUGGCCACAUUUGUGAUUUUUGUUUACCUGGCCAUGGAGACCAACUCUGUCAGCCCAUUUCAAGCCUCAGACUCAAAAUCAGUUGCAAGUGGAACACCAUGAAGAGUGCAUAUAUAGUUUGGAGGGGCAUAGUCUCUGUCAAUGCCUCUACUGUAUUAUUUUAUUUUUUCUCCGAAGUGUUUUUGCGGCGCUAGUGGCUCGUAUUUUUCCGACAGUAGGCAAACAAGAAAGAGGGUGAGGAGAAGGUGGAAGACAAAGGUUGUCGGGACCGGGUGUCCAACCCGCGAUGUCCGCGUCGAGGACUGAGGCUUCCAAACGUGGGGCGUGUUAACCCUCUGCGCCACCACAGCAUGCCCCCUACUUUAUUUUUAAGGUGUGAAUCUGCAGUGUAGCCAGUUUUUCUUACCUCAAGAUUACCUGACGUCAAAUUCUAUUUUUUAAGGAAGUGUCUUUCUUCCCUAAUCAGUCUCAAGUAAAGGUGUAAGAAGUGAUGUUUGCCCCAAAAGAUUACUUUGAGCAGCUGUGAAAGGAUUGACUCUUCUCUUGUUGUGUUGGUCUAUUUUUGACCCUGUAUUUCUACCAGAAUUACCCACUGAUCAUUUUUAAAAGAAUAAACAAGAAGAACUUUCUCCUGAAGAUGUUUAAAAAAGUCAUCUUAACAUCAUCAGUUUGGUGUUACUUUUGUAAUGAAAUGUUUUUCUCAUCCAUUAGCCUUCUCAGGCUUAAAGGUAAAGCUUAGUUUUUUUGUACUUGGACAAUCUUUGUUGAUGAGAGGAUGGCUUGUAAACAAAAUCCAGAGGCUUUUAAAAGUUCAAUUCUUGAUUAUAUUUUCUUGAGGUUUCUUGUAAAACAUAAUUGAAUUCCUUUUAUUUUAUUCUUAUGUAGUCAUAUUUCUCUCUAAAUAAACUUUAGUGUUUCAGUUUGCUCAUUA